AUGGCGCGACGGUACGAGAUCGACGAGCUGAUAUGGCUCCGCGGCUCGCCCCUUGUCGCAAAGCCUCCUGGCCUGCCUCCGAUUGAAGAGUGGAUGUACAGUGGCUCCAAUCCUUACAAUUCUUCGGCUGUCCCGCACCGCCAACCUCCAAGACUGACCGUAACCUCUAGGCCUCAACCUGACCCGACAACCACACAACGCAAACCCCAUGGCACCCGUGAUGCCAACAAUCCGACUGAGACUGGCACAAACAGAAGGCCCAGCUUUUUUGAAGCCAAACAUAUCUCGCGGGGAUCUAAUUCUGAGGACAUUGUACUCGGCCCCCCGAAAACCGCCUUCGCCUCAUCUCGCAUCGGCGGCAAAGGCUCGUUGGAUCUGACAGAUCGACCAGCGGCGCGGCCCAAUGAUUCGGAUGAAACGAAGAACGACCGAUUCAAUUUCAGAGACAGGUUGUUUAAGGACCGCGAUGCCCCGGAUAAAGAGUUAGAUAGACGGGAUGCCAAGUCAGGGCCAUUGGCUGGCCGGCGUGGUGAGCGAGAAGACUGGAAUGCUGGGCGCCCACGUCGCACAUUUGGCCCGGAUGAGCAGGAGCGUAAGCCCAGACGAAACGGCGAAUUUGACAGAUGGGAAAACAAAGAAGGACCCCGCGAUUCCAAUGCUGAACGAAUUCCCCGCGACAAAGAUGGCCGAUUCCCCACCCGGAAAGAAGGACAGCCCCCACGGUCCAAAUAUGAAGGAAGCUGGUUCCGCGAUGAACAUGCCCCAGAGGGUGCUGAUGCUGAUGACGACAAACCGCCGUUGCGCAACCGAGAAUGGCGCCAAAACCAGACCCGACACGGCACCGAGCGCGAGUGGAACCGCGGCGCCAAAUUUGAACAAGAACCUGAAUGGCUGGAUGCCAAUGACCGAGACGAACCACGACGAGUACACACCCAGGAGGAUUUUGAACGCUGGAAAGAGCGUAUGAAGGCUGGAUCGGGACCAUCCGCACAAACCCCGGCACAUGCCGAGGAGAAGAGAGAAACACACGUUGAAGAGCAAAAGCCGGAGACCCGUCGUACUGAUGGUGAGAUCUUCAGCAAUUCCGGUGCUCAGUUCAUGUCCGACGAAUCGAUGGAACGAUUCUUUGGGCUCCUGGGUGAUUCCAAGGCUCAGCCCCAGACCCCAGAAGUCAGUACUCCUAUGGCUGCCGAUCCAGUCGCUAAAAAGGAACCCUCCCCCUUUCCCGGAAAGACCGGAAAGUCAUCUCGUUUUGCAGGUCUCUUUAGCCCCAUGCCAGAGAGCCCUGCCAAAGAGCCCGAGCCGAUGCCUUAUUUCAGUGCCCCACCCCAGUCCCAGCAAUAUCAACAGCCCCAGUCGGCGUCUGAGAGUAUGCCUUUUCCAUCCCACAAUGCGGACCAAGAAGGAUUCCAGCGCAUUCUGCAGAUGCUUGGUGGACAACGCUCGGAGAAUUCUACGCCUCACGAAAUGGGUUUGGCCCAGCAGCAACGGAGGAACCCCCCUCACCGAUCUGAUUAUAUGGGCGCUGGCCCCGAGAACCCCAUGGCCCAAGUUGGCCCCAAGGAUCCCCAGGCGCUGGAGAGGGCGCACUUGCUUCGUUUGAUGCAGCAAGUCCGAGUCGGUCCACCGUCUGCGGGUCAUCUAUCCCAGCAGUCUCCCAACCCGGGUAUUGCCCCUCCUCCAGGUCUGAUGCCAGAAGGCAUGCCACGCCCUCCGCCAGGGCUUUCUGCCCAAAAGACGCCGACUUUCCUCGAUGACCCAGCAAUUGCAAACAUGCAGCGACCAGACAGCGAGCACCUCCGCCGGCGACCCGCUAAUGGUCCGCCUAUGGGAUUCUUUGACGAUAUGACAUUCCCCCAGGGCCUCGAGCAUCUUCCACCUCCUGGAUGGACCGGCCAGCCUGUCCCGCAGCAGGGAAAUGUACCAAGCCCUAUGGGCCCUCCUGGAAUAACCACCCCGGGCCGCGGCAUGAACCCCAACUUCCCUCCUGGCAUGCUUCCUAUGCCUGGCAACGCGCCUGCGAUGAACGAGCGUCAAGGAUUCCCUCGCGGCCUGCCUCCAGGCAUGAUGCCACCUCCGGGUUAUAUGAAUGGUCCCGGUGGCCAGGGGCCCUUUGGACCUGGCAAUCCUGGUCCACAGGGUCCUCCCCCCUCAUCUAGACACCUCCUGGAGAUGUUCGGCCAGUCCAACGGCGGCGAUUCCCGCGGCGGCAUGGUCGGUCCCGGCCAGUUCAGAUAA